AUGGACAGCUUCGGGGCUUUUGGGUCCAGCACGCCAUUUGCGGAGCCGCUGUGGUAUUCCCGGCCAGACAGCCCAAACUACACUGAUAGUCACAGACGGCUCCGCGAGGCUAUCCGCCGAUAUGUCGACACCCAGCUGGUUCCAUUUGUAUCUGAGUGGGAGGACAAAGGCGCUGUUCCGCCAAAUGUCCUCAAACGCCAUUCCGAUCUAGGAUACACGGCUGUCUCACUUGACCCCUCUGCUCUAGGCAAACACCUUCCAAAGGAAACAAUUUUGCCAGGCGAUGUCCCUCCGGGCGAGUGGGACAGCUUCCAUGAUCUCGUCGCCAUGGACGAGAUGGCACGCUGUGGAUCGCUUGGAACCAUUUGGGCUUUGGGAUGUGGCAACUCAAUCGGCUGUCCCCUGAUUAUCAAGUUCGGAACCGAAGAACAGAAGUCUGCGUGGCUGCCACCUGUCGUCCGAGGCGAGGCGAGGUUUUGCUUGGGUUGCACCGAGCCACAAGCUGGAUCUGAUGUUGCGGGCAUUGUGACCACAGCCGAGCAAAAGGGAGAUGUCUUCGUGGUCAACGGCACAAAACAGUGGGUCACCAAUGGCAUGACCGCCAACUACUGCACAGCUGUGGUCCGAACUGGUGGUCCCGGGAAGGAUGGCGUUUCAGUCUUGGUGAUUCCUCUCGACUCGAAGGGUGUGACUCGGAGCGAGAUUCGCAAUUCUGGCGUCGAAUUGAGCGGUUGUGCCAGCCUCAAGUUUGACAACGUAGAGGUACCUGUCGGGAACAUUGUCGGCGAGGUGAAUCGUGGGUUCAGACUCAUCAUGACAUCUUUCAAUCACGAGCGUCUUUGGAUCGCAACCAACUGCCUUCGCCUGGCUCGAAUAUGCGUCGAGGACGCAUACCAGCACGCAACCACCCGCCACACAUUCGGAAAGCCGCUGAUCGAGCGCCAACUUGUCCGGCUCAAAUUCGCAAAUAUUGGCAUGCAGGUCACGAGCACGUAUGCACUCAUCGAGUCAAUAGUCCAGCUUUGGAACAGAGCUCGCUUGCAGGGCGGGGACGACGCUACCACACCCACCGGCGGCUUGUGUGCACUGACCAAGGUCAAUGCCGCGAGAGCACUCGAGCUCGCAGUUAGAGAGAGCCAGCAGAUCAUGGGCGCGCUGGGAUACACACGUGGAGGGCCAGGGGGCCGUAUCGAGCGAAUUAGCAGAGAUAUGCGCGUUCUUGUAAUCGGCGGAGGCAGUGACGAAAUUCUGAGCGAAAUGUGUCUCAUGCAGGAGAGCAAGGAUUUGCAGAAGAUCAUGGCAUCAUCUCGGACCUAG